AUGGCUGAGGACGAGAGGCCGGAAUUUCCCGGCGACUUCGGCAGGAGGGGAGGCGUGGGUGCAGAAGGAGGAGGAGGCGGCGGUGGAAGUGACACCACCCCGCCACAGGAUCGGCCAGCGCCGGAUAAAGGAGCAGCGGUAAAGAAGAGGCGGCGGCUGCGGCGGCGGCAACAACAACAGGUUCAGCAGCAGCCCAAGCGAGUGAAGUUGCCCAAAAAGCCGCCGUUCGGUCCCACCGUCACCGAGCGCGUCCUGUCGGUGGCGGAGUCCAGCAUGGAGCGACGCGGCAUCUCGCUGGCCGCCCUGAAGAAAGCUCUGUUUGCCAAAGGUUACGACGUGGGCCGCAACAACAGCCGCGUCAACCGGACGGUGCGGCUACUGGUGCAGAGGGGCUCGCUGGUGCGGACCAGCGGCACCGGCGCCUCCGGUUCCUUCCGGUUUAACCGGACAGUGGUGCCCAGAAUGAAGAAGAAAGUGGGGACGGCCCGCAGGAAGGUGGAGUCUAGACGUGAGAAGAAAGCAGGGACGGCCCGCAGGAAGGUGGCGUCUAGACGUGAGAAGAAAGCAGGGGCGGCCCGCAGGAAGGUUGCACCCAAGCGAGAGAAGAAAGCGAGAGCGGCCCGCAGGAAGGUGGCAUCCAAGCGGGUGAAGAAAGCGGGAGCGACCCGCAGGAAGGUGGCAUCCAAGCGGGUGAAGAAAGCGGGAGCGACCCGCAGGAAGGUGGCAUCCAAGCGGGUGAAGAAAGUGGGAGCGCCCGGGAGGAGGAGCCCCAAGCGCCAAACCAAGCCGCGCAGGACCGCCGCCCGACCCUUCAAGCGCCAUCCGACUACGUUUCGGUCGGCCCUAUGCCAAGCCCCGGUCCCGCCUCCAGCCCAGCAGAAGCAGACCCAGGACAACGCGGGUCUAUUGUCGGCACCAGUCGAUCAGAAGCAGGAAGGCGACCCGCAGACGAAUAAACGCCCGGUUGGGCGCCCACGUAAAACCCGGACCCAGGGGCUGGUAGAAGUAGACAAUUCUCUAGUCAUAGACUGGUAG